CCGAAUAUCAUCUUCAUCAUGGCGGACGACCACGCGUCCAAGUCGAUCUCAUGCUACGGGGCCGGGAUCAACCACACGCCCAACAUGGACCGGCUGGCGAACGAGGGGAUGCGCUUCAACCACUGCUACGUGACCAACAGCAUCUGUACGCCGUCACGGGCAGCCAUCCUGACGGGCACGCACAACCACGUCAACGGGGUGUUGACGCUCAAUUCGACCAUCACGAGCCGGGGCCCCAACGUGGCGAAGCAGCUGCGCAGCGCGGGCGGAUACCAAACAGCGAUGAUUGGGAAAUGGCACCUGGGCGAGGGCAAGGCGCACGAGCCCACGGGCUUCGAUUACUGGAGCGUGGUCCCCGGUCAGGGCGAGUACUUUGAUCCGCAGUUCAUCGAGCCCGAGGGGAUCCAUCGCGAGCUCGGAUACGCGACCGACAUCAUCACGGACAAGAGCAUCGAUUGGAUCCGGAAGCGAGACCCGGCCAGACCGUUCUUUCUCAUGUGUCAUCACAAGGCGCCGCAUCGUAGCUGGGAGUACGACCCGAAGCACAAGGACCUGUACAAGGAUCCCGUCCGGCUACCGGACACCUUCACCGACGACUACAAGAACCGCGCGCGCGCGGCCAAGGUGGCCAAGAUGCGCGUCGCCGAGGACCUGACGUUUAUGGAUCUGGGACUGGUGCAGCCCGAGGGCGGCCUCGGGGUGGUGGGCGACAAGCUGCUCGAUUCGUGGAUGGUGUAUGACCGUAAAGUACCCGCGCCAGAGGACGUGACGGGACUGCGGCUCAUGGACAAGACGGACGGGAAAGUGUUCACCUUUGAGACGCCGGCGCAGCUGGCCGAGUUCAAAUUCCAGCGGUACAUGCAGCGGUACCUGCGGACGAUCCAGAGCAUCGACGACAACGUUGGCCGCUUGCUCGAUUUCCUCGACGACGAGGGGCUGGCCGAGGACACCAUCGUCAUCUACACCUCUGACCAGGGCUUCUUCCUCGGCGAGCAUGGCUGGUUCGACAAGCGGUUCAUGUACGAGGAGAGCUUCCAGAUGCCCUUCCUCGUCCGGUACCCGCGCGAGAUCAAACCGGGCACCGUGUGCGACGACAUCAUCUGCAACGUCGACUUUGCGCCGACCUUCUUGGACUUUGCCGGCCUGCGCAUCCCUACGUACAUGCAGGGCGUGUCAUUCCGCGCGCUGCUGCAGGGCCAGACGCCCGCAGACUGGCAGCAGAUCGCCUAUCAUCGGUACUGGAUGCACAAUGACUGCAUCCACGGGGCGUAUGCGCACUACGGCGUGCGCGACCAGCGGUACAAGCUCAUCUACUGGUACAACGAGGAUCUGGGUAUUGAGGGAGCGCGGCCGGGCGGCGAGGAGGAGGACAAGCAAUGGGAGCUCUUUGAUUGCGACGAGGACCCGCUGGAGCUCUUCAACUGCUAUGAUGACCCCAAGUAUACCGAUGUGGUGAUCCGUAUGACGCGUCUUCUUGAACAGAAGAUGGGGGAGAUUGGCGACGAGCCAGUCCAUCCGAAAGUCUUGUAAUUAUAGGAAAAAUACAUAAAUAAUAAAUUACGAAUCCUUCAUCAAGAAUCGUUGUUCAGAUAGCCCUGAUAUAAAUGGCUAUCGUCGACGAAUUUCGCCU